UCCUUUUAAAGCCUCGCUUGAUCUCUGAGGUGGACCAGGACGAACUUCUCAUCGGGCAUCAGCAUGUACCUCGACCGGAUUCUCCCCGAACUUGAAAUCAACCCCGCCAAAAUUAUGCUUGAGAGUCAACAGUGCCGCUUCGGUCCGGAUGAGCCGCGGCUCAGGGCGGCGCGUUGCCCCGUGUCGGGUCCGUCGAGCCCGGUGUCGGUAGGUUCUGAAUCCAGCUGCUCGAGCCCGGAAGCGAAAGCGCUCGCGGAAGCUCGAGUGAGACGCCCUCUAAACGCGUUCAUCAUCUGGACCAAAGAGGAGCGCCGACGCCUCGCGCAGCUCAACCCUGACCUGGAGAACACCGACCUCAGUAAAAUACUUGGUAAGACAUGGAAGGCCAUGUCUCUGGCAGAGAAGCGUCCUUACAUGCAAGAAGCAGAAAGACUACGAAUCCAGCAUACCAUUGACCAUCCCAACUACAAAUACCGGCCCCGUCGACGGAAGUGCAACAAGCGUGGCGUCAAGAUGCCUUCAAGUGAGAACGUCACCUCUCCAAAUGCCACUUUUCACCUCAGCUAUAUGCUCCAAGGUCAAACUCCACAUCAGCCAUUCAACUCCUACAAACUUCCACAUGGUAGGUUUUCACUGGAGAACCACUCUUCGUCGUACCACUGCGAGGCGGCAUCUUCAAAUGGAAGCAUGGCGUUCCAUGGAGGAGCCACAUUUCGGAACUCUUCUUACUCAGAGUCGCUGUUGUAUUCCCAGCAGAGCGGGCUGGAGCUCCAUGAACGUUGGGGAACGGAGGUGUGUGCGUGUGUGCUGUGUUUGGGUGGACCUUCUCUAGAGUUCUAUCUAGAACAGGUGAGAUCGGACAUGCUGGACCAGCUGGACCGCAGUGAGUUUGACCAGUACCUCAAUCCAGCAUCAACAAACUCUGAAUGAUGCUUCCAUCCAGACUGGUGAACGUUUCCGUUUCUGACAGUGCAUGUGUGAUAAACUGUGUUUAUUUAUUAUAUGUAAUGCAAAUGUUGCUGACAUGCAUGUUGAAAGGUCAUUGUCUAACUUGAUUAUUUAUAGUUUUUUUUUUACUUGUGAAAAGUUUUAACGCUUUCAAGAUGAUAUAAAUAAACUAUCUGUCAAUACA